CUGCUUUGAAAUAUUUCGCUUCGACUAGGUACGUGAAAUUUUAUCACGAACUACAUAUGUACCUAACUAUUACUGAGACUGGACGAAUUUCAAUAAACAGAAAAAAUGAUUGAUCUUGCGCUAACACUGUCUCUCUCGGUUAUUACUGCUGUCGGUGCACAAACCAUCGUACCACCACCUCUUGAAAAAUACAACAACGUGAGCAUCGAUCUACUUAUAGGCGAAUUAAUACAAAAAAAUAAAGUAUUACUCAGCGUAAAAGCAGAAAUAGCAAGAUUAUCUGCCGCGUAUCCAGAACCCGAAAAAGAUCUACAUGAACAAAUUAUUUUACCGGAUACCCUACCAGAUUUUGAAAAGUUUGAUAAUAUGACCGCCGAUCAACUGAUACGUGAAAUAAUGCAUAUAAAUAAAGCAUUACAAAUUUCAAAAGCUGAAAUGGUGAGGUUGUCUUAUGUAGAAGUUGAAAAGAACCCAAAAGUAUCAGGGUACAUAUCUAAAGAGCAUUUGCAGAAGAUGAUAGAGGAAGAAAAUAAUAAUCUUUACUACUAUACAGAGGAUGAAUUUUCCACGGGAAACAAAUCGACACCUACAAUUUCAUGAUGCAACUAGAAUCAGACGUGGGUUUUCAUGCAUUCAGAAUGUUACAUCCUCACCCUUGUUUCAAAAUCAAGUUUUCUAUAAAUUUUACCUAGUAGUUCAAAUUGAAAUUAAAAGUUAUUUACCUA